AUGGACUUUUCUAUUCCCCCAGAAUUACCAAUAGCGCUACAGAACCAACUAUCCAAUUUAAUAGAGGAUUAUAAAGUUGAAAAUUUAACAAGAAAAGGCUAUGAAACAAAAAGAAAUGAAUUAUUAGAUAAGUAUACCAGAAAUCAACAAGCUUUACUAUACGCAUCAAGAAACUCAACUGUGUCGGUUUCAACUAAUACCAGAGAGCAUAAUUUAUCAACCAGGAUAAUUCUACCUUCUAAUAAAAGGUUUAUAGAUGAUAAUGCAUCCUAUAAAUCUCAAGAUACGUUUCUCCCUUAUCCACCAACUGAUAUUUAUAAACAGGAUCUAAGCACAUACAAUAAUAACACCAAUACUACUACUAAUAAUAAGAUUGGAAUCACCAAACAUGAACGAAGAUCAAAUUCAAUAUACAGAGUUGCUACGUCAAACUCGUCAUCCGUAUUAUCUACACCAAGGCAUAAAAAAAGUUCCUCAUUACAGUUAUCGUUACACUCAAAUGAUGCAUUUGUGAAAGCAUAUAACCCAAUGAUCCCACUACUUCCAAGAAUACCCGAGGAAAGUUCUCAUGAUUCUUUGCCUUCAAUAUUAAGAGCAAGGUAUGAAAACUACGAAAAACAAACAUCUAUAAUUUCAAUAGAUAAUAAAGGUAAAGAAAAUUCAAUCUCUUGGGCGAAACUAUAUCUUAGAGCAGAAAAAAUUGCACAUGAAUUGAACAAAAGUCGUUUAUAUAAAAAAGACAAAGUAUUAUUAUGGUAUAAUAGAGACGAAGUUAUCGAGUUUGCAAUUGCACUACUUGGAUGUUUUAUAGCUGGUAUUAUCGCAGUGCCAGUAUCGUUUGAAACUUAUAAGUUGGGCGAAAUUAUACAAAUAAUCAAGUUAACGAAUUCAUCAUACGUCUUAAUAUCAAACGAAUGCCAUAAACAACUGGAUAACUUACAAACAACUUCAAAUAACACCAAAAUAAAAUUGAUAAAGGAUGAAUUUUUUUCCCAGCUUACUUUUUUAAAGACUUCAGAAUUAGGGACAUAUUCAAAGGCUAAGAAAAAUGCCCCUACAUUUGAUAUUCCUGACAUUUCUUAUAUUGAAUUUACUAGAACUCCCUUAGGAAGAUUGUCUGGUGUUGUAAUGAAACAUAGAGCUUUAAUCAAUCAGUUGAAAAUGCUUGUAAAAAUAAUGGAUUCACGCUCAAUGCCACAUUGGAAAAAAAACUCAAUUCUUAUCCCUUAUGACAAGGCGGCCUCUGUAAAUAGAUACACAAUAUUGAACAGUUUAGAUCCAACCAGAUCAACAGGUUUGGUAUUAGGUUUAUUAUUCGGUAUAUAUUCGGGGAAUCUAUUAAUUUCAAUAAGCGACACAAUUUUGAAAACACCAGGUAAUUAUGAAGACAUAAUCAACCAACAUAAGGCUGAUGUGUUAUUAAACGAUCAACUUCAGUUAAAACAGGUUGUUAUAAAUUAUCUAGAAAAUCCAAAAGCAACAAUUUCAAAAAAAAAUAAAAUCGAUUUUAGUUGUAUUAAAUGUUGCUUGACAUCCUGCAUUAAUAUUGAUACAGAUGUUUCCGAUAUGAUUGUUAAUAAGUGGUUAAAGAAUCUUGGAUGUGUUGAUGCUGCAAUGUCAUACUCUCCGAUACUGACCCUACCCGAUAUUGGAGGUACCUUCAUUUCAGUUAGGGAUCACUUAGGUAAGAUUGAUAAUUUUCCAAUUCAUAAUACAAAGCUAAGAUUACAAGAUGAAUUAUAUAUAAAUAAGGAAAAACUAAGAGGGAAUGUUAUAGAACCAAGCAUUACUGCUAUGAUAAACUCAUCAAAUUCAUUUACUGAUUAUAUGCGUUUGACUACCUUUGGUUUCCCAAUCCCUGAUUCUACUAUAUGUGUGGUUAAUUUAGAUGACUGUACUUUAGUUCCUGACCUAACUGUAGGUGAAAUUUGGAUAUCCUCAAAAAGUUUAUGCGAUGAAUUUUAUCAGAUGGACCGUGUGAACGAAUUUAUAUUUCAUGCUAAACUUGACUAUCCACGAAUGCUGUCAUACACAAAGGGAACAUCAAUCACAGCUGUUCAAGCUAAUGAAAAAAUUAACAUGAUAAUGAAUUUAUGCCCACCAUCAACGAACUUCUUAAGAACUAAACUGAUGGGCUUCGUAUUCAAUGGUAAAAUAUAUGUUUUAUCAAUGAUAGAAGAUAUGUUUUUACAAAAUAAGUUGCUAAGAUUGCCAAAUUGGGCACAUACUUCAGAUAUGUCAAAAGAAAAGGAAAGCAAUACGGCAAUAAAAGCCUUAGGAUCUGACACUACAAUUUCUGAUUCUAAUAAUGACAGUGAAAACUCAGGACCGAAGAGAAUUGUCCAAACUUAUUAUUUACAACAGGUGACGGAAACUAUUGUAAGGACAGUUCCAAGUGUUUCAGAUGUUUCUGCAUUUGAGUUAAAUCAUAAUAACGAUGAACAUUUUCUAGUAUUAAUAGUUGAAAGUUCCUUAGCAAAAAAUACCAUUGCUGGUGGCGAACCAGCCUUAGUGAUGACUAGUAGACAGAAUGAAAAAUUAGAAAAACAGUUAAAUGACUUAACUGAACAAAUUUUUAGAAUAUUAUGGAUCUUUCACAAAAUUCAACCUAUGUGUGUAAUGGUUGUAGCAAAUGGAUCACUUCCAAAAAGAUAUUGUUCACUUGAAUUGGCAAAUAGCACCAUUGAAAGAAGAUUUCUGAACUGUGAAUUAGAUGCUAAAUUUGUUAAAUUUCAAUUUGAUAACAUUAUAUUAGACUUCAUACCUCACUCAUUAUAUUACAACGAAAGUAUAUUCUCUGAGCACUUAUCAACUCUGAGACGAGCUGCCUUAGCCGACGCAUUCCCUUAUAACAUGUCGCCUAGGAUAGCAAACCGAGAACAGAGAUCUGGUUUUGAAUUUCAGGAAACAUCAUAUGACCUAGAUUCUAACAAGAACUUAACAGAUUUUGCUACCAUCCUAGAAAUACUGGAAUGGAGAAUAAAUACACAAGGAAGCAACUCGGCAUUCAGUGAUGGGACUGGGAGAUCAUCACAAAAUUCCAAUGAUAAUAAUAUAAGGAAAAGUGUGUCCUGGAAAAAGUUUGGUGCAAUUGUUGCAUCAUUCUUGAAAAAAAUUAUUCAAUCCAAAACACCUCUAGAAAAAGGUGAUAAAGUAAUUAUAAUGUGUGAAAAUUCAACAGAAUAUGCAGCUAUAGUUAUCGCAUGUCUAUAUUGUAAUUUGAAUGUUAUACCCCUAGAAGUCAUCUCCGAGGAAACUGCAGAGGUUGAUAUACAGUAUUUUACCAAUAUUAUCAAAAAUUAUUCGGUUAAAAGAGUAUUUAUUGAUUCUAAAACUAAUAAUUUAUUUGAAAACAAUACAAUUAUAUCUAAAAUAUGGAAAAGAUACAAGUCACUUGCCCCCAAACUAACCAUAUUUUCAAAGGUUAAGGUUAGGAGUGACCUGUCAAUUCAGUUAUUUAAAAAACCUUUAGCACAGAAGUUUAGUUUCAAAACAAGACCAUCUUCUAAACGUUGUGUUAUUUGGAUAAAUAAGGAAAACGAUACAACUAAAAAUGUUCAUUCAUCAAUGACUCACCAGUCGUUAAUGAAAUCAUGCAAAAUAUUAAAGGAAAGCUUUAAGCUGUCCAGGGAAAGUUCGUUGUUCUCAAUAUGUGGCCAUACUUUUGGUUUUGGGUUUCUCAAUAGCGUAUUGUUAGGGAUAUACACUGGAUGUCAAACAACUUUAUUUGAUAUAGACGACUUCUCUCAGAAUCCAAACAAUUUCCUAAUUGGAAUUCAGAAUCUUUCUGUCAGAGAUCUAUUUUUAACUCCAGAGACCUUUUAUUUGAUUAUGGAUCGUGCCUCCACAUUGAUAACUUCUUCGAAGAAGAUUCAACUGGCUGCGUCACAGAAGAAGAAACAAAAAAACUCUAAUUCUAGCACAAUAUUAAGAUCUGAUUUCCUGAGAAAUGUACAGAACAUUAUGAUUCCAUUUUCAGGAAGGCCUAAAACUUUAACUAUCGAGAAUGUCAUUAAGAAAUAUAAUACAAUAAGCAUAAAUCCAAAUCAAAUAAGUUAUAUUUACCAGAAUCGUUUCAAUUUCCAUAUAUCAAUGAGGUCAUAUCUAGGAAUACCUCCAGUAGAUUUAUUAUUGGACCCAAGAUCACUGAAAGAGGGAUUAAUUAAGGAAAUCGAUCCUGCUGAGCUAGCAAAUAUCGAAGGGAUACGAAUUCAAGAUUCUGGUGUGGUUCCAAUUUGUACGGAUGUUGCUAUAGUUAAUCCAGAAACAUUACAACCUUGUUUGGAAGGUGAAUUUGGUGAAAUUUGGUGCUGUUCUGAAGGCAAUGCAUCUGAUUAUUAUUUGAGUAAGGAUGCCAGUGAUUCCACUUCAAAAAACCGACUAUUCAAAGACCAAUUCAUAACAGAACAAUUUCGCAGUAAAAUCAAAUCAGAUAAGGAUAAUGGUUUAACUUACUUGAGGACAGGAGAUCUUGGAUUCAUAAAAAGAAUUACAUGUCAAGAUUCCACGGGUGCUAAUAUUGAUUUCAAUUUGCUUUAUGUGUUAGGAAGCAUUAACGAAACAAUUGAUAUUUUAGGGUUAACAUAUUUUGUUAGUGAUCUCGAAAGCACAGUGAGAGAAACCCAUUCUUCAAUAUCUAAUUGUAUUAUAACAAAAUCUGGUGGGCUACUAGUAUGUCUUGUAAAAUGCAAAAAAGUUAGAGAUACAAAGUUUGCAAAUUUGACGGCGCUAAUUACUUCCAGCUUAUUGCAAAAACAUGGUAUCAUUUUAGAUUUAUGUUCUUUUAUCAGACCAACCUCCAACACUCAGGAAUUAUUGGAAAAUUGGACAAAAAAUCGUGUUUCUAUAAUGAAAGAAUGGUUCAGUCAAGACUUAGUUAUUGAAAGCCAGUUCGGUAUCAACUAUGGUGAAAAUAUAUCAAUAUAUUUAUUAUCUGAUUUUGAAAGAGAUAUUUAA